CUCUCUCUCCAUGCAUGCAGUGCUGCCCUAUAUAAGAAGAGCUCUUCUCUUCCUGCCUUCUUCAUCACAACCACAACUCAAUACAAUACUUUCUCAUACUCUUCUCUCACUCUUAUUAUUUCCCUACCUACUAUGGCUUCCAACCCUAAAACCCUCCUUCCUUCUCUUCUCAUCCUCUCCCUCCUCCUCCUUUCCAUAGCUGGGGGCAUGCAAUGGCCGGACGUGAAAUCCCUACGAAUUCACUCCCAAAACACAGACGACAUGAAAAAGCCAGAAUCAUUCAUUGAUUCUGAUGGCAGUGUGCUCAUUCCCGGCAUUGGCCGUUUCAUGCUCCCCAGACUGGGUACGGGUUUCAAUCCAUUCACCUACAACCCAGUCACUGGCACCAGUGGAGGCACUGGUAUUGGUGGUGGUAUUGGGGAUGAUAGUGGCAGCGCCACCCACGAAUAUGUGCCAAGUGGCGAUGAUACAUUAGUCCCAAACCCCGGUGUGGAGGUCCCGAAUCCUGGAAAUGUUGGCAGCAAUCCCGCAGCAGCUCAACCUUGAGUUUGUCUAGCUCUUCUUGUUAUAUAUCUAUGUUUGAGUCUGCUUUUUACUUCUCUAUGUAUUGUUUUGCUUUGCUUUGCUUGUAUAUUUAAUGGGUUAAUUGGUAAUGAAUAAGAUUUAAGCAGUUGGGUUUUUUAUGCAUUUUUCUUCAUGAAAUACAAUGGACAAUAUCAAGAUGGAGAGA